AUGUGGCAUUCUUCACAGCCGCCAGUGCUUCCCAAAAAAAUCCUCGGAGAGAAAUCAAAGCCUUCAGCAGCACGCCGGCUUCAAGCUCCACAUCCCAAUGCAGAACGAUACGCAGUGUAACGCAAUGGCACGUGUCUUGAAAUUAUACUGGGAAUAACGGGGCUCCAUUGAGUUCAGUGGCUCUUACUCCCAGGGAAGUAUGUGUAGGGCUGCAGCCUGAAAAGACUUGUACUGUAUACCGCUUUCAGCCUCAAAAGGCUCAAUAAGUGGCUCAAUUAUAUAAUCAGAUUUCUUAUCUGUGCCCCCGCCUUUACCAUCAGGCCGCACAUAGUUAUAAGACAGAACCAUAAAGCAAGAAAAGUGCAAAAACGAUUAUAAACAGUUCUGUAGGUAGAACAAUUGAGAACAAUUCUGUGUAUAAAAACUAUUCCAACGGUGACAAAAAAGUCUCAAAUAAAACCAGGCACAGGACUUGAAAUUCCCUGCUGCCUUCCUAGGGAAGCAGGAUAAUCCAGGCAAAGUUGCAGCAGGCUGCCCCUCCCAAACAAGAUACUGGGGUUGAGCAACUGGAAGUCCCCCAGGCCCCUGCAGGAAGGAACUUGUCCCUUGGUGGGAAUUGCUGACAGGGAGCAGCUCUCCUUAAGGUCCUCUGACCCCACUGCACACACAUCUGUCAAAGGCAGAGCCGGUCCUGGCACAAGGCCUCCUUUCUAAGGGUCAGCACAACCAGGACCCUCAGCAGAUAGCUGAGAUGAAACUCUUUUCGAGGCAAGUUUCACCUUGAAAAAUGCCCAGCAGAGACAGAGACCUAACUAGCUCCCACCAAACAGGGAUCAGCCCAACACCUCUUGCUCACCCUCCCAUUACUCCCUCAUUUUCUUUUUGCAAUUUUGGUGGCCAUCAAGGAAACUUGGGGUUCACUGAACCCCGAGAGGUCAGCAAGGCUGCUUUUGUACUUUAUUUCUCUUCUCAGGAACAUCAGGAUUGGAGACUUCAAGUCUACCCUGCAACAAUAAGGCUGGAAAAAAGUAAUGUCUGAGCCAGAAGUCUUAUCUGUUGCCAGUUAGUCGGUAAGCGUAAAGAAGUCUUUGGCGCCUGAUGGACAAAUAAAUGAGUGCCAGGCGUGGCCAAGCCAGGGUGUGUGGGGAGGAGAACAAAAGUUUUGCAAGGUGAACAUUCAAGGUAAAUGUGCAGACGCAUGAAUGGGUGGGUGUGCUGCUGACCUCUGAUUUUUCACAGUAAGUUGUGUGGCUCGGAGUUCCCGCUUGGGGGACACAUGGAUUGAUUUGAGGGGGUAGAAGUAGUUGACUCUUUGCGGACAGGAGCAUUUCCCCAAAAGGAAGGGUCUCUGAAUCCCAAGCAUUGGCGUUUUCUAAGCCCUGUGAUUACGGGUGAAGGGCAAGUGAGCAAAGAAGGCGGAAAGCAAAAGGCAACUGAGCUGUGGAAGGUAAGGAUGCUCUCCUUGGUCAACACAGGUUGGCAGUAAUGAAUUGCCAGGGCUUCAGAUGGGGCUGCUCCCUGUCCUACCUGGAGAUGCCAAUGGGGAUUGAACCAGGGACAGGUACUCUGCCACUGAGCAAAGGUCCUUCCCCAAGGUUGAUGGGAGUCAUCAGAGACCAACCAACUCUGGAGGGCCACCACGGGUUCACCAUCUCUGCACUUAAGGGGGUUACAGUUCCUCUGUCACUCUUGCUUCCUCAACAUCUUUUAACUGUCCCUCUUCCACCACUGAAGAAAACACACACUAUUCCCCUCUCAGCUCUGCAAUGCCGUUCCCAAGCAAAUUUGUUGCAUCUCCUUAAAAGAGCCAGAGAGCCCUGUAGGCAUUUCUGCCUGAAGGCUGGUGCCCCUGGGACUGCAGAGCACUUCUGAUGUCUUCGAGCAAAGGAGCCAGGUGUUGAUCUCCUGGUAAGUAUGGAAUGACAGUUACCUGGAUGCUGACCUUCCUUCCUCCCUUCCUGUUUUCAUGACUCAGGAGCAAAUUCAUUUCCCCCAGUCCCAGCCUUGUUAUUUUGCUUUGCGUGUGCUCAGGGGCACUCUUACUUCUCCCUAAGAUUGCAUCGCUUCUUUACUUGUCAUCUUAUCGGUUCUCGUUUGUUGCAGGAGGUCUGUUAAUCAGGAGGAACAAUAAUUGCUCUCAUUUCCUCUUGCCCCCCACAACUGGAGUUUCCCACAACAGGGUGCUGGGCUUCCAGGACUAGGUUAAGAAAAGAAACUGGUGGGCAAAAUGGCCAGGAAGAUGAGCAUCGACCAGCUGGAAGACCAGCUGCUCUGCCCCAUUUGCCUGGAAGUCUUCAAAGAGCCCCUGAUGCUCCAGUGUGGGCAUUCAUACUGCAAGAUCUGCGUGGUCGCGCUUUCAGUUGACCUGGAGAGCCAGUUCCUUUGCCCGGUGUGCCGGAAGGCUGUGGACUGCAGCAGUUCCCCACCCAAUGUCAACCUGGCUCGUAUCAUUGAGGCACUGCAUGCUGCAGGCAGCUCAGAUCCCAACGAGGAGUCCUGCCCUAACCACCACAACCCCCUCAGCCUCUUCUGUGAGCAAGACCAAGAGGUGAUCUGUGGUCUCUGCGGCACCAUCGGCACCCAUCAGCACCAUAAGGUCACCCCCAUCUCGACCAUCUACAGCCGGAUGAAGGAGAAGCUCUCUGCGUGGAUGACAGAGGUGCAGAAGCAGAAGGGGAGCUUGGAUGAGCACGUCAGCAGGCUGAUGAACAACAAGACGCGCAUUGCGAACGAGUCCGAUGUCUUCAAAUGGGUGGUCCGGAAGCAGUUCCAGGAACUGCACAGGUACAUCGAUGAGGAGAAGGCUAGGUUCCUGGGGCGGAUUGAGAGGGAGGCAGGCCAACUUAUCGCCUCCAUCGAAGUCCAGGUGAAUCAGACGACAGACAUCUUGCAGAAGCUGAAGGAGCUGGAGAAUUCCCUGGAGAAACUCAACAACGAAAGCCAGUUGGAUUUCAUAAGGAAAUACAGAUCUCUUCCCUCCAGGUCUGAGCUCCCCCGCCAGCAUCUGGCUGAUGGUAUGUUCAGCGCAGUCUCCUUUAAGCCCGACUUCCACCAAGAUGACAUCAAGAUGAUGGUGUGGAAGAGACUACUACGCAAAGUCCUCCCAGCUCCAGAGAUGCUGAAACUGGACCCAGUGAGUGCGCACCCCAUCCUGGAGCUGUCCAAGGGAAACACCAUGGUCCAGUGUGGGGUGUUCUUCCAGAGGCGAGGCAGCAACCCUGACCGCUUCGACUACAGCAACUGCAUCCUGGGUAACAAGGGCUUCUCCUGGGGGAGGCACUACUGGGAAGUGAUUGUGGGCCUCAAGAGCCACUGGCGUUUGGGCAUCGUCAAAGCCACAGUCAGCCGCAAGGGCAAGCUGAACAAGAGCCCUGAGCAUGGGGUGUGGCUGAUCGGCCUGAAGGAGGGCAAGGUCUAUGAGGCCUUCAACAACCCACGCGUGGUGCUGCCACUCUCAGCCCGCCCCCAGCGCAUCGGGGUCUACUUGCACUACGAGAAGGGUGAGCUGACCUUCUACAAUGCCGACAGCCCUGACGAACUGGUAGCAAUUUACACCUUUCAAGCAGAGUUCCAGGGCAAGCUGUACCCCAUCCUGGACAUGUGUUGGCAUGAACGGGGCACCAACACGUUGCCCAUUGUCCUGCCUACGCCCACCAUGCUGCAGGUCCAAGAAGAUGAUGGCCUCAAUGCCCAGGAGCCCACCAAGUUGUAAGUGGGCAGCCUGCUGAGCUGCAGAGUGAGUGUCAUGUUACUGCAGCUGCAGGGGAGAAAGGCACCAGCCACAGACUGCUCUGCUCCAAAGCAUGGCAAUGUGGACCAGAGAAACCCUGAUCAAGGUGUAACUGGAUUUGUAUUCUCACAAGGGAACAGUCCUCACAUAUACAAGGUGGGCUCCAGAGGUCUGUUUGAGAAUCUUUUGCCUUCAGCUCAGCUGAAGGAGUCAGAACAUGGCUGGUUAAUCAAGGAGCCGUUAAGCAUCUCAAGAGCAAGUGAGAGAGACAGCUCAAUACCUUUUGGUGCCUGCUUUGAAGAAACCCAGCAAUCCCCCCAAGGAGGAGAACUGCCUUUUUUCUAGACGGCAUGGUCCAUGGAUCAGCUCAGUCAUUCUCCCUGCUAACUGUCCUUGAUGGCACUCUCAAUCUGUUCAACCAACUCACCUUGCCUCUGGGCUGCCUCUAGGAAACAUGCCAGUUAAUUGAUGCUUAAACUUCAAAGGCCCAUUGCUUCCCUCUCUGCCUUUUAGUCUUCUUCACCAGGAAGUUUAAAGGCUAGAUUUCAUACAGCUUCCUGACACAUUGCUACAAUCAUCCUGCAUUUGCCAAUGCCAUGGGGCCACAUUAAAAAGGGGGGAAGAUUAAAGGCUGAAACUGUCCUACCGAUGUCUUUGAAAAUGCUUUCCCAUGACAACCCUUUGGUCUGCCGCAAAUGCACUUUAGAGGUUGCACCACAGCAUUAUGUUUAAUCCAUUUUAAGGCAGACUUUGCCAACAUUGUGCCUUCAAUAUUACUUGGACUAAAACGCCCAUCAGCCACAGCCAACUCAGCUCUAUUAUGCCAGUGUUGAUGGGAGUACAGACAUACAGGUCAGGACUGAUGCGAGUUUUAGUCCAAAAUAUCUGGUGGCACUAGUUUGGGGAAGGCUGGUUAUGGAUUGCUCUUGAGCAGGGGUGGAGAAGCUGUAGCCUUCCAGGUUCCAAACCAUAGCUCCCAUCUUCUCCAGCCACUGGCCAAUCUUGCUGAGGCUGGUGGAAGCUGUAGUUCAGUAUCAAGGGCAGCCCCAUGGACUCCCCAUGCCUGUUCUUAAGUGUUCUAUCCUCCUUAGUCUGAAGCUUCCCUCUCUACCACUUCCUUGAGCACCUAAAAAGUGAGCUUUAGAAAGAUUAAGAAUUGACAGUCCCUACCUGCAGGCUGAAAGGAACACAAGGAAAGGAGCCUAGAAAUGGAAGAGGACCAUUGAAGGAGUGGUUCCAUCCAUCCAUCCAAGGAGCUUCAAGCAUGAAGUUAUCCAGAUUUAUUUUCCUCCUUUGUUUAGUAGACACCCAAAAAGUUUACCCAAGGUGGCUGAAUUGUCCAGUUGUUUUCAUACUAGCUUUGCGUCCCAUGCUUUUGUAACAUGUUCAAUCAAGGGCUUUUUAAAAUUUUGUAUGUACCUAAUUCUGCAGCCUCUAGGCAGUGUAGAAGGAGUAAACAAAUAUUCCUGUUGCAAUUAAAGACUAUUGUGAUGCAGCCACGGUGCAACCUGAUACAGUAGCAGAAUGGGAAAUCCAUUUUUAUUCAUCCUUCAGAAAUAGAGUUAUUGCCAGCCUC